AUGGCCCCAGCAGGGUCCCAGCACUGGCUGGCCUCGGGCAGGGCCUCGCCCAGGCUGGUGCUGGCCGUGGUGUUCGUGGCUCUGCUGCUGGACAACAUCCUGCUCACCGUUGUGGUGCCCAUCGUGCCCACCUUCCUCUACAGCACCGAGUACGAAGGUGCCAGGAGCUCCGAGAGCCCAGCCCUGCCCGAAGCGACGCCCUCAGCCCCCGGGGCUCCUCCUUUCUCCUGUUCUGACACCACCACCGUGCCCGCCGGGGGCUUCAGCAGCCCUGGGAUGGAGAGCAGCCCCCCAGCCCCAGCCAGGGGCUGCCUGCAGGGUGGGGAGUUCCUGGCCCAGGAGAACACCCGAGUGGGGCUGCUCUUCGCCUCCAAGGCUCUGGUCCAGCUGCUGGUCAACCCCUGGGUGGGUCUGCUGACCAACAGGAUUGGAUACCACAUCCCCAUGUUCCUGGGCUUCACCAUCAUGUUCCUGUCCACAGUGAUGUUUGCUUUCUCAGGCACCUACACCCUGCUGCUCAUCGCCAGAGCCCUGCAGGGCAUCGGCUCCUCCUUCUCCUCGGUGGCAGGCCUGGGGCUGCUGGCCAGCGUCUACCCGGACGACUCGGAGAGGGGCAGCGCCAUGGGGGUCGCACUGGGGGGGUUGGCCCUGGGCGUGCUGAUCGGGGCCCCCUUUGGCAGCAUCAUGUACGAAUUUGUGGGGAAAGCUUCGCCCUUCCUGGUCCUGGCCUUCCUCGCCCUCUUGGAUGGAGCCCUGCAGCUGUGCAUCCUGCAGCCCUCCCGCGUCUCCCCCGAGAGCGCCAGAGCCGCGCCGCUGUCCACGCUGCUGCGCGACCCCUACAUCCUGGUGGCCGCAGGGGCUCUCUGCUUCUCCAACAUGGGUGUGGCCAUGCUGGAGCCCACGCUGCCCAUCUGGAUGCUGCGGACCAUGUGCCCCCCGCAGUGGCAGCUCGGCAUGGCGUUCCUGCCCGCCAGCAUCUCCUACCUCGUUGGCACCAACCUCUUUGGGGUUCUGGCUAACAGGAUGGGCAGGUGGCUGUGCUCCAUGAUUGGGAUGGCUGUGGUGGGAAUCAGCCUCCUCUGUGUCCCUCUGGCCACCAACAUUUACGGGCUGAUCGGCCCCAACGCCGGCCUGGGCUUUGCCAUAGGGAUGGUGGACUCCUCCAUGAUGCCCAUCAUGGGCCACCUGGUGGACCUGCGCCACACCUCCGCCUACGGCACCGUCUACGCCGUCGCCGACGUCGCCUUCUGCGUGGGCUUCGCCGUGGGUCCCUCCACGGGCGGGGCGGUGGUGCGCGCCCUGGGUUUCCCCGGGCUGAUGGCGACGGUCGGGGCGCUGAACGUGGCGUACGCGCCGCUCUGCUGGGUCCUGCGCAGCCCCCCGGCCGCCCGGGAGAAGAUGGCCAUCCUGAGCCAGGAGUGCCCCAUGCACCCCAAAAGCUACGCCCCGAAGGAAGCCCAGCGGGAACUCCCCCUCACGGAGGAGGCGGAAAACGUGCAGUAG